AUGGGCCUGGCAGUCUGCCUUGAUGGAGAGGCACCUCGCACCCGGGAUGGACCUCGAGGGACCGGGGGGCCUAUUGGGGUCAGCGGGGGAGCUGCCUCCCUGCAGGAGCAUUUGCUCCUGCAGUCAUUUUUCUCCCCGUCCCGCACCGCACACCUCCACCCUCCUCAUUUCCAGUUCCACUCACGUAGGAUUUUGCAGCACAUUCAAAAGGUUCACUUCAAGACAAAAGAUGGAGAGGACAUUUAUUUUAAUAAAAAUGGAGAUCCAGCAGCAAAGUAUGAGAUUAUAAACUGGCAGCUAAAAGAAAAUGGCAUUGUGGACUUUGUCUCUGUGGGUCUUUACGAUGCGUCAUUGCCCGAAGAGAAACAGUUAAAUCUGCAAAAUAAGACUCUCCACUGGUCAAAGAGCUUAAACCAGGUUCCUGUGUCUGUUUGCAGUGAGAACUGCCCUCCAGGAACAUGCAAAGUUCUCCAGAAAGGAAAACCUGUUUGCUGUCAUGACUGUAAAAAAUGUGCUGCAGAUUCUGUCACCUGUGAAAAAUGCCCCCCUGAAUUCUGGUCAAAUGAGGAAAGGGAUGCCUGUUUAUUGAAAAAGACUGAGUUUCUGACAUAUGAAGAAAUCAUGGGAAUACUGCUCACCACUGCUUCUUUAUUUGGAACAUGUAUGACGGCUGCUGUAGCUGUCAUUUUCUUCAGACACAGGACAACUCCUCUUGUCAGAGCAAACAACUCUGAGCUGAGCUUCCUGCUGCUUUUCUCCUUGACUCUGUGUUUUCUCUGCUCUCUGACCUUCAUUGGACGUCCCUCUGAGUGGUCCUGUAUGCUCCGUCACACRGCUUUUGGUAUCACCUUCGUCCUCUGUAUCUCCUGUGUUCUGGGUAAAACAAUAGUUGUUUUAAUGGCGUUUAAAGCCACACUUCCAGGCAGUAAUGUGAUGAAACUAUUUGGGCCUACCCAGCAGAGACUCAGUGUUCUGGGUUUUACAUUAAUACAAGUCAUCAUCUGUAUUCUCUGGCUGACAAUUUCUCCUCCUUUUCCAUCUAAAAAUUUUAAAGGUUUUAAAGAUAAAAUCAUCUUGGAGUGUGCUCUGGGUUCAGCUGUAGGUUUCUGGACUGUCCUUGGGUACAUUGGUCUUCUUGCUAUGUUGUGUUUUGUUAUUGCGUUUCUUGCUCGAAAACUGCCUGAUAAUUUCAACGAAGCAAAAUUUAUCACAUUCAGCAUGCUGAUAUUCUGUGCAGUAUGGAUCACUUUUAUCCCAGCGUAUAUAAGUUCUCCUGGAAAAUUUAGUGUUGCUGUAGAAAUAUUUGCCAUUCUUGCUUCUAGUUUUGGACUGCUGAUUUGUAUCUUCAUCCCCAAGUGUUACAUCAUGUUGAUUUAUCCUGAAAGAAAUACUAAAAAACACGUGAUGGGGAAAAAAGGCACACCAAAAGAUAUAUGAGAACAGAAAACAACGCUGUUUGCAAAGUAAGAAGAAAAGCUUUAUUUUUAGGUUUUGGCUUUUUCAAUUUUUUUGUCAAGAAAUGUAAUAAUUUUUCACCUCAGUUAUCAUUCAUGUUUUGGCGGCUCACAGUUCUAUCUGUCUUAUUGUAAAAUAAACUAUU